CAAUGAAUAAAAGCCAGAGUGAAUUAUCGUACAAAUUUAUUAAAUUGUAAUGUUUAAAAGAAUUGUUAAGAGAAUAUUUCAAUAAGUGCCUGUGAGAAAACGUGAUAAUAAAGUGAAUAAGCUGUCUCUCAAAACUAUCACCGGAAGGAUUGAUUAAAAGGGACAUCAGCCUCGGCUUCUGAGACGCGCAAUAAAUGGCCUUAAUUCGUUGCUGCUUCGAACCAGUUGAGUUACCGGAAUUUUUCGACACUUUUGUACAGAAAUGCACCGAUCCAACAUGUUGCUGCGGUUGUUGUUCAGCACUGCGUCCGCGCUACAAACGCCUGGUCGAUAAUAUAUUUCCAGUGAAUCCUGAAGAUGGUCUGGUCAAAUCUAAUAUGGAGAAGUUAACUUUCUAUUCUCUAAGUUCGCCAGAUAAACUGGAUAGAAUUGGUGAAUAUUUGUAUCAGAAAGCUAGCAAGGACAUAAAUCGCAAACGUUAUAAGUUUGUGGAAAUCGCCAUGGAAGCAAUGGAUUUACUUCUACAAGCUUGUCAUGCUCAAACCACGUUGAAUUUGUUUGUUGAAUCAUUCCUGCGAAUGGUGCAGAAGUUGCUUGAGGACACCAACCCCAAUCUACAAAUUAUGGCAACAAAUUCGUUUGUGAAGUUUUCAAAUAUAAAUGAGGACACGCCUUCGUACCACCGUCGUUACGACUUCUUUAUUUCGAAGUUCUCAGCCAUGUGUCACGGCAACCAUGACAAUAUCGAAUUGCGUGAUAGUAUACGCUUAGCUGGUAUAAAGGGUCUACAAGGCGUCAUUCGCAAGACUGUUUCUGAUGAUUUGGUGGAGAACAUUUGGGACAAGGUGCAUAUGGAGAAAAUUGUACCGUCGUUGCUGUUCAAUAUGCAGUCUGGCGAUUUAACACCUGUUGAGGACGCUACGCAUGUUACACCGCCGGUUUUAGCCGAAGAAGUGUUACGCGAGCUGGUUGGGCGCGCAUCUUUCGGUCACAUUCGCAGUGUACUAAAACCAUUGCUUACCCAUCUGGACCGACAUGAAUUGUGGGUGCCGAACACAUUCGCUAUACACACUUUUCGCAUAGUGAUGAUUUCUAUUCAGCCCCAGUAUUCAUAUACUGUUGUAGAGACCUUAAUGCAACACUUAGACAAUAAUUUCAAGUCAUCGCCGAAGACGCGCACAUCGUUGGCAGUGGUGCUAUCAAAGAUAAUAGCUAUUGCCGCGGGCGAAAGUGUCGGCCCUUCCGCAUUAGACAUAAUUAAUAAUUUGCUAAUGCAUUUGCGAACUAGCGUCAGUACAACAACAGAAAUUACCACCGAAGAAUCUCAGUACCAAGAAGCGCUCAUUAAUGCACUUGGAGAGUUUGCUAAUCACCAUCCGGACUAUCAGAAAAUAGAAAUAAUGUUAUUCAUAAUGAAUACGGUGCCGGAUCUUUCAAAGAAAAGUAAAGGCGACCAAAUGCUACAGAAUAUACUCUUAAAAUCGCUACUGAAAGUGGGUACCCAAUACAGCACCGUUUCGUUUGAGAAGGCAUUUCCGGCAUCUUUCUUGCAACCCUUACUGAAGAUGGCACGUGCACCACAUGAUCCUACACGUAUUAUCGUAAUGCAGAUCUUCCAGGCCCUACUUGAUCGUCACCAAAAUGAGAAGGUGGUAAGUCAUGUGACUGUUAAGACCUACACCGCCUUGUCGCAGGAGCCACCAUCACGAUCUGAUAUAAUUUUCACGCAUAAAUAUGGUGCAAAUAUAAUGCAAGCACUGAUCGAUAGCAUGGCUUUAUCAGACCGUGUUGAAUCGCUUGUUUCCAGUUACAAUACAGCAGCACUGCUUAUAGUCGAAAUGGCAUGUGGAGAGACCGUACAAGAGUUUCUACUAUUCAUUCUCGGAAUUCAACAAGUCGCUCUCACAGCUGAUUUGGAAUUGGAAGCAGUGCACAAAUGCAAUUUACAUUGCAUUGCAAUCGCUUUGAUGUCUCUGAUAUCUCGCGUUACAGGCGUUAAUAAUUUGCUUGAAUACACCCAGAAGAUAAUCGACGCAAGAAAAGAUGAAGCGCCAUACUUCUUACCACCUUUGCUCGACCCGAAAAAGACCACUUCUACAAAAAUUAAUCUAAGCUUACCCCACUUGACGAUCGACAAAAUAGCUCUAGCCGAAAGUCUUCAAAAUUCUGGCAUGGACUUCAACCGCCUGCAAACUGGCACUCCGUAUGCUCUGAAUCAAACCGAUAAUCCUGCACAUCGCCAUUCGUGGGUGGAUACAGUCAGCAAUCCACAGUUGCCGCAACGCAAUAGUUCUGCCGACUUGACUGCAUACAAUGCCGAUGGUGAUAGUGUUACCAGUUCACCAGGGGUGUCAAAGAAAAUGCUUCCUCCCGAAUAUAAUUUUGAAGCCAUGAAGCGUGCAUUGGCCGAACCAUCGGAUGCGAUGAAACGUGAACAGCGCGAGAAACAAUUGCAGAUAGUGCGCACAUUCCGAGAGGGUAACUUCGAAGAUUUAGUACGACGCACAGAGCCGAAGCAUGAUCUUAUUCAAAACCGACUCAACGAUCUUUUCAACUCGCUGGCCGUGGAGCGUCAGAUAACGCAAAGCGACAACAAAACGCAACAGCUGCAAGCAGAAAAGCCUAUUUACGAGACAAAUUUUCCAGAGUUAUUCUAUUAUUAAAUUUCUAAAAGUGAUUACAUUUAUCUUGAGUAUAAGUAAAAAUGUGCGCCAAUUAUAUAACUCACUUUACUAUAUUGCUUAAAGAGCAGCUGAAAAAUCGGCAAAGGGGUAGCUUAAAACAUAACAGGCAGCAAUGUUUGUAAACCUUCAUAACAAAAUAAGUACGGUAAUGUGAUUUUUAGUUAGUUAUUUCGAAUAGUUAAACAAAUUUGUUACAAUAUUUAAAAUAUUUUGCUUAUUGGAGAGGUAUUAUUAUGUAUAUUGACUUUUUUCUUGAUAUAAUUAAAACUUAUUGGGGUGACGUGCAGUCAAAGGAAAUUUUAACGUUCUUCGUAUCACAUGCCUAGCAUCACUUUUACAACUUUCUUAACCUUUUAUGCCUUUAUUUGUAUAAUAUCUACCUUUUGUAGUAUUCAUGUUGUAGGUAAACAUAUAUAUAAAUAUAAUUAUUAUGGCUGCGUUGUAUGAAUAA